AUGGAAACAUUUAAAUUACUAAGAUAAAUUUCCAAAUAAUUUGAAGAUCCAGAAGUUAAGAAAUUAGUAAAAGCUUGUUAUCUAAAAUCUCUAGUCUAAGAAUAAUCUUAGAAUAAUACUUCGAAAAGAGAAUUCUAUGAUUUAGUAAUCAAAAUUAAAAGCUAAGUGCCUGAAAACAAUAAAUUACAUUCAAUGAUGAUAAGCUCAUUGUAUGAUGACAUAAUAAAAAAGGGAGUGCCAAAUACAGAGUGGGAAAACUAUAUGAAAUAAUUAUGCAAUUGA